GGUGGCACGCGGGUCCCCCCUCUGGCGGCGGCGGGUGGUGCCGGCCGGCCGGGAGCCCUGGGCUGGGGCUUUAAAGCAGCCAAGUUCUCCAGCUGCCCGGGGCGAGCACUGGGGUGGCGGCGCGGGCGGGUGACACGCAGAGCGGAAGCCAUGGUUCAUCAGAUGCUCUACCGGGCUCUGGUCUCCACCAAGUGGCUGGCAGAUUCAGUACGAGUAGGCAAACUGGGGCCUAGCCUGAGGGUGCUGGACGCGUCCUGGUACUCUCCUGGCACCCGCCAGGCCCACAAGGAGUACCUGGAGCGCCAUGUUCCCGGCGCAUCCUUCUUUGAUAUAGAGAAGUGUCGGGACACCGCAUCCCCCUACGAGAUGAUGUUGCCCAGCGAGCAGGGCUUUGCCGACUAUGUGGGCCGCCUGGGCAUCAGCAACGACACCCACGUGGUGGUGUAUGAUGGUGACGACCUAGGCACUUUCUACGCGCCCCGGGUCUGGUGGAUGUUCCGAGUGUUUGGCCACCGUACUGUGUCCGUGCUCAACGGUGGCUUCCGGAACUGGCUGAAGGAGGGUCACCCAGUGACAUCGGAGCCCUCUAAUCCAGAGCCUGCCGUCUUCAAAGCCUCACUGGAUCGCACCCUGCUCAAGACCUACGAGCAGGUACUGGAGAACCUCAAGUCCAGGAGGUUCCAACUGGUGGAUUCUCGGUCCCAAGGCCGGUACCUGGGCACUGAGCCAGAGCCAGAUGCAGUAGGCCUGGAGCCAGGCCACAUCCGAGGGGCCCUCAACAUGCCAUUCACGGAAUUCCUGACCCCAGAUGGCUUUGAGAAGACCCCGGAGGAGCUCCGUGCUAUGUUUGAGGCCAAGAAGGUGGAUCUGACCAAGCCCCUCAUUGCCACGUGCCGGAAGGGCGUCACUGCCUGCCACAUUGCCCUGGCUGCCUACCUGUGUGGCAAGCCUGACGUGGCUGUCUAUGAUGGCUCCUGGUGCGAGUGGUUCCGCCGCUCCUCACCCGAGACCCGCGUGUCCCAGUGGAAGGCCUGAGCAGCUGGCUGGUCUCCCCCCUCAUGACCGUCACCCAGAGCCCCAGCCCUUCAGUGACCCUGUGUGCCCUGCAACUGGUGUCCACUUCUGCACUGAGCGUCACUGAGUAAUGCCUGCCCACCUCGCCCCCCAAUGAACCUGAAUAAAUGUCUUCUCUGAUUA